AUGGCCGGGGUGUUGAUUCCCAUCCGUUCUGGGUCUGAUGUAUAUCAGGAUGGUGGGGAUCGUAAGGCAGAAGGAGAGAACGCCCAGAAGGACGAAGAUGCCCAGAAGACGGAGGGAAAAUCCACGCAAACAGAGCAAGGGGAAGAGAAAAAAGAGGAGGUGAAGGAGGAAGAGAAGAAGGAGGAAGUGGAGGAGGAAAAGAAGGAACUGGACACGACUAAGGAGGCAGAUACAUCCAAGGAGGAGGUGGAAUCUCAAGAGAAGGAUAGCGAACCCCAGGAGGUCCCCGCAGCGGUGAGCGAGGUGGAGGUGGAGACGACCCCUGUCUCCGAGGACAAGGGCGAGGAACAGCCGGCUUCGACGGAGAACACCGCGGAGGAUGCUCAGGACGAAGAGGGGGAGGCGCCAGAAGUCGCUCAAGAAGCCACCUCUGAGGGUUGUGACCAUGAUGACAAGACGCCCGCAGAGGAGAAACCAAAGGAGUCAUGUGUUCGUGAGGGAGAGCAGUCCAUACAUUGUGAGACUGGAGUUAGUCCUGAUGAGGGAACAAGAAAGGUCCUGGUACCUGUAUCACUUGACCUUCUCAGGUCCAUUGAUGACUUGAGCACUUGCAGUAGCAGUGAAGGGUAUCUUGAAGAUCUUGGGGCUGACAGCUCAUAUACACAAUUCCUCAUGGAUUCUCUGGAGAAUGAGUCAUCUUCAGAGACAGAAGUUGAAUCACUCCAUGUUUCAUUGGGUGAUGCUUCAUCAGCCAAACAGCUGAAAGUGCACUUUGAAGAUGAAACCAUGAUCUCACCAUAUGAUUCCUCAGAGCCCGAGAGCAUGGUGGAUGAUGAUGGGGAUUGGAAAGCCAAUCCUUCAGAAAUACUCCAAACAUCACUUUCUAUUGAACCUCAUGAAACUGAACUGGAAGCUCUGAGUGAUGCUUCAUAUUCAUCUGCAGGACAACCUGAAGCCAUUUCCAUUCUUACCUACCAAGCUGAUGAGACUGAAAACCAACUACAUGCAGAAGUGUCAGAUAUUCCUUUGGAAGAAUCUGUCACUUCAGAAGUAUCAAAUCAGGAGGAAGCAGCUCAUCCAGAAAAUGAUGUACUUGAAUCUGUGGAAUCUGCAAUGGCCCAGGAGAGGGAUUGCACAUUUGGUGAUCCAGUUGCUGCUGAAGUGUCUUUGAAAGCUAACCAUGCUCAAAUUUCAGAUGGGAUGAAGGUGGAUGCUCAAGUAAUGGGAGAUGACAAAUGUGGUUCAGAUGUUGAGAAGAAUGAAGUCAUUGCUUCAUCAGUGGAAUUCUUUGAAGAGUGUCUUCCAAGUGAUGAGGUACCCAGUACUGCUGUCCUCCAAUUGAGUAUUGAAGAAUCCCUGGAUGCGAUUCUAGAUCAUUAUGAAGAGGUGGUUACUUCAGCUGACAAUGCUUUUGAUGCUUUAGCAAAACCCCCACUCUCUGAAAGUGAGACUGAAGGGACAGUCCAAACUCAAGAGAAUGUUGAAGUGAAGCCAUUUGCAUCAGCUAUAAAUACCCUUGCCUGCCAGCAUGAGGAUGCAAGUCAACCCUGUUUUGGUGAUAGAGGAAGCUCCCACUUAUCACAAGAUCAAGCUCCCUUUGACUUUACUAACCAUCACAGGGAGGAGAAAGUAAGUCUUGAGCAUUCAGAUGGAGGUGAGGAGGAUGGGGUGAUCCAGCAGGGAGUGAAUGAAUUUCCCAGAAUGGUGGGGAAGGAGGUUGAGGAUGAGGUUGUUGGAGAGAGUAGCAGAGGCACAAGUGGUGAUUCCUUGAGUAGAGAUUUUCUCAUUCAAGAAGAAUGUUGCAUGGAAAAAACACUUUGUGAUGUCAGUCUGCUUGAGACAUGUUAUGACAGUGAUGAUACUGCCAUGGAAGCAGUUGCAGAUGAGGGUGAGAACUGGGAAAGUUUGGAAGCGGUGAUUGAUGACAAUGUGACAAACUCCUCCCACUCUUUUCAGGAAAACAAACCAGAAAUAAUGACAACUGCUAUAGAGUCCCAGUCUGAGGUUCUUGAAAAUAGGCAAGAAUUAUCUAAGGUUGAAAGUGUGUCCAUACAGAACAACUUUGAACAAAAGCACUGUCAGCUUGAAGAUGUGCUGAGACCGCAUGAAAGUAGCAUUGUUUAUCCAGAUGCUUCUCUCCAAGAGUGUUUGAGCAAUGCAAUAUUCCCUGAUGGUGAUUUGAUUGAGGAGUCUAUAUGCAGCAGAGAUACUGUUGAAGAAAAUAUUGAGAGCUGUGAAGCAGUGCCUCACAUACAGCAAGCUAUGUCAGAUAUUCAGGAAGAAUGCUUGAACUCUUGUAUGGAAGAUGAAGCAGGAGUGAUUCUGGCAGGGGAAGUUCCUUAUCCUCUCGUGCUCCCUGAGGGAGACAGUUCUGCUCUUUCUAUCUCUGCACCUACUGACAAGACAGAAAAUCUGGAUGGGAAUGAAGACAUCCUUGUCAAAGAGGGAGCCCCAGAUGGAAUUCAUAUGAAAGGGACCUAUGAAAAUGGGAAAUAUCCUGAAGAGCACUCUACAACCUUACUCCAACAAUAUGAGGGCAUUGCAGGGAAUGAAAUGACUCCACUGGGAAAUGAGGAAGAGAGGCUGGAUAUUGGAAUUAGUCAUUGUGAAGCCCCUGCCACAGCCUCUAUACUUGAAAGGGGAAAAGUCAUCCCUCAGGAAGCAUACAUAUUUGGUAGCAGUCAGUCUCAAAAGCCUUUUCUUAUGAAUGAUGCAGACGCAUGUGAAUCUCCCCCACAAAUCUGUUCCAAUGUUUUUAUAGCUGGAGAUGUAGAUGAAAUGAAUGAAGAAUCCAAGUAUGAUGGAAUCUACUCUCCUCCUAAAAUUAACUGGGAAACCAUGCCAAUAUUGAUUCCAAAAGGGCUCUUCACAGGCAUUGAUGGUAGUGACAGUGAUGUAGCCAAAGCAGAGUGUGUCUGCAAUGAAACACAGAGGGAAUUGAGCAAUGAGGAAACUUCCUUGCACUCACCAGUGCCUUUCAGAAAUGGUAAAUGUGAAGUUGAAGCUUUGCCUGUUCGAGAAUUGGAGGUAAUUGAUGGUUCACUGGACUUUCUAGAUGUGCAACACCCUAUUAAUGCCAAGUCAGUGUUGAAAGAACAUGUUUUCAUGGAAUGCUCAUUUCCAGUUAAGCCUGAAAGAGCUUUAUCUGCCAAUGGAGAGUGUCUGCAUGAUCAUGAGCUUGAAAAAGUAAUUUCUAUUGAUGAAGAGAGUCUUAUUGAACAUGACCCAAAAGAAGUUCAGCCUGUGGUUGGUGACAGUACUCAAGAUGGUAUCACCUGUGUUCCAAUUUUUGCUGCCAUUGAUGAGGCAAGAAAAGCUUGGUUAGAUCAGCAGGUGGACUUUGGCUCAUUAGAGGAGGGGCAGCCUAGUUGGGAGAGUAAUGAUAUGUCUGUACCUUCUGGGGAAAAUAAACAAGAAAUUGUAAGUGAUAAAGGGUUAAGCAAAGGAAAACCCCUGAUUUCAGUUGAAUCUGAGGAUGUAGAAAGUGCUGAAAGUAUUCCAGAAGGGCAAGGCUCUCUGAAGGCAUAUAUAUCCCCUUUGGCAGCAAAUCACAGUGAUGAGGAAUGCAAUGCUAAUAGACCAGCAACUAGUCUUUCUCCUGUGAAUUUAUUGCAAGGAGAAAGCAUAAAAUCACGUCAAGAGGUGGAGUGGAGCCAGCAGUUCAUAUCCAAAGAUUCUGAGGAAGAUAUACCAGGGCAUUUCCUUUCAUCCAUGAACUUGGUACCAGCUCUUACAGAUUUGGACUGUGUCUCCCUGUUUCCCACCAUCCAUGAAUCACUUGCCCAGUUGGAUUCCAUAAAGAGCUUUGAAACUGUGUCAGGCUACUUAGGAUCAUAUGAAGAUGAGGCAGAGGUGCAAGUAGAGGGAGGGAAACUUGAAAUCGUCACCUUGGAAAGUACCAUUUUGCCCACCAAUGAAUUUAAUGAGCAAGCUACUGCUGGCCCUACCGAUAUCAGUGCAUUUCAAAAUCAAGGUGGUAGCAGUGUCCAUGGAAGCCUCCCUACAGAUGUUUCACAGAUUCAAGAGCAAGGUAGCCAUUUUGGUCUGGAAACCCUUGAUUUCUUGGUCUGUGAAAAUGUUGCUCAAGAAUUGGCCACGAAGGAAGAAAUUUUGCCAUUAUGUGGCAGUUUCAAUCCAAAUUUGCUUGAGCACUCUUGCAUUGAGACUGUGUGUUCUGAUCAAGAUGAAAAAGUGAGACUGAAGUGUGAUAUCCAAACUGCUGUAGAAUAUGAUAUACUCCAAGUUGGUGAUUUCAUAGCAUCUGGUAUUACCUCAGAAGCCAGACUGAAUGAGGAAGUUGAGCUUCUCAUUGAACCCAUGAGCUCAUGUUCAGUUGUUCAUGAGUCUCCCUCAGGGACAUUGAUGGAAUUUCAGAUCCCUUCUGAAGUUUCCAAUGCUCCAGAUUUAAUCAGUUUCGAAGAAGCAAGCAGCACACAUUUCCCAAUUGAAGAGUCCCAUGGGGAAUCACUGACAGAUGGAGGCAAGAAGGGAGCAGUGAGAAGAGAGCAUGCGAGUGGGGAACUCGAUUUGUCUGCCCUGGAUCUGACUCUCAAGGAAGCUGUUGAAAUAGUGCUGAAGUCCCUUGAGGCUGAGUUUGCACAUAAUGUAACUUCUCCUUUGAAGAUUCCCAAAUGCGAUUCUCCUCAGAAUAGAGACACAGAAGGGAGCAGUCCUCAUGGUUCAGAAUGCUCAAUGAUGCGUGAAGAUGUUGAAGUGCAUAACGGAAGAAUACUCCCAUCGGCAACUGAUGAUCACGCUUUCAAAUCUGAAGAUAGUCUGCUCUUCAGAGAGGAGACCGAUGCCUGCUGCAGGGAAGGAUCAGUGGAUGUCAGCAUCCAGACAGACUCCCAGAAUUCAGAAGAAUUCUGUCAGCAAAUGCCAGAGGAUCCAGACAGGAUUGGAGAGAUCUUUCUCUCCGAAUUUGGAGUCGUGAUACCAGACACUCAUGACCUUGUGGAUUCCUCUGAGGACUCUGGGCUCAUGUCUAGUGACAGUUCCUCAUCAGAGAAUAUGGAACGUGGCCGUAAUUCAGUUGUUGAGGCUGCCAUGGCAAUGAGGGGCUCAGACAGCCAGGCUGAUCUCAUCAUCCCAAAUUCUGAUGACCAAGAAGGAAGCCCUGUUGAUUUUCCUUCUGUCUUCAAAGUACCAGAAUUCCAGGAAACUAUCCUUGCUUCUCGUGUUGGAAAAGAGGCAGCUUCUGAGAUCAUGAAGUUGGCUGCUGCUAAGCAGCAGAAUAGUCAUGAAUUGAGUGCUCCAUAUGAAAUGCCAAGUAUUCCCAUUGAGCAGCACGAAGCAAAAGAACUCUUUCACAAGAGACUGAGGUCAGUGUCAAUGGCUUCAGAGAAGAAAGAAGAAUCUGGUACUAAAUCAGGACAUGGAACUCCAGGGAUAGCCAGUCCAACAGAUGUUCCUGAUUCUGCCAAUAUUUUUGUGACCCCUGCACAACAUGCCUACCAUCAUGCCCCCAAUUUUCAGAGAGUUGGUGUUGUUGGGGAUGAUUUCUUUCAGACACCCCCAGAGGAUCAUGAGCAUGCUGCCAAGCUGUUGACCCAAGCCCUGAGAAUGAGACGUCAAUACAUGACUACAGCGCAACAGAGCACGUAUCCAACUACACAGCGUUAUCUCGACUGCAUCGAUGAUGGGAAGCCCUUCACAUAUAUUAGCUAUGAUGGACAGAACCAAGAGAAGCCCACGUUGCAAGGACAGUUCAAAGCACAUGGGAGGUGUUUCAAUCUGAAAACUCUCAAGGAGCUCAAGGAUGCCAUUCUGAAUAAGCUGAAAAGAUUUCCAAUGAUUCAAUUCCAAUUCAAAGCUGUCAUUCAGAAUUUCUUUGUUCAGGUGUAUCAAUUGAUUGCAGAUCAUCCAAUUAAUCCACCUCCAUCUGUUGGGGAUCCUUUUGACGUCGCCUUCCCAGCUGACCUGGAAUACACUAUUAGUCUCGAGAGUGGAGUUUUCCAGGUCAUUGACAAGGGUGGGGUCAACAAGAUCUCUGGGAUCCCCUCAUGGAAUGUGUAUUGUGAAGAUUUUGCCAUUCUGUGUGCAAUGAUUGCUGAUGGUCCUCUGAAAACCUACUGUUACCGACGCCUUCAGUAUCUAUCCUCCAAAUUCCACCUUCACAACCUGCUAAAUGACAUGCAAGAACUGGCAGAGCAGAAGUCUGUCCCUCAUAGAGACUUUUACAAUAUUCGAAAGGUUGAGUCUUGA